CCGCCGAAAUGAUCCAGGCGCUCUCUGGGGCAGUUAAAACGCUGUCGGCUGUUCCGAAAUGCGCUCACCCCGCUGUACGGUUGGCAGUCCCGACCUACAGCGGAUACGGUGACCUGCUCAGUGCCAGGGACUACUGUUACUCCCUCGCACGCUACCAGAGAGCUCUGGGUUUGAACGAUCAGGAUGUACUCGGACGCGUCGUCCCUGUUGCACUCACUGACUCGGCGGCUAGGUGGUACAGGCUUUCCGGACACCGUGCAACAACCCUCGAGGAGUUCCGCGCGGCAUUCCUGCGUGAAUUCCUACCCGCUGACUACGAGAGUAGGAUGCGGCGAGAGCUUGGGCUUCGUACCCAGGCUCCUGAUGAGUCGCUUCAGGAGUACGUACGGGCGAUGCAAGACCUUUUCUUAAUCGCCGAGCCCAAUGCCUCGAACGAGGAACGCGUCGAACGGGUGAUCAGGCAGGCACAUCCGACCUUUUCGGCGUACCUGCGCGGCGGCCGCUUCCGUAAUCUGGAGGAAUUAGCCGCCGAGGCAAAGCGCAUUCAAGGCGACAUUAUCGCCGCGCGCGCCUAUCGCCCACCGCCGCCCGCCAGCGAGGCCCUUGAGCCGAGCUGCGCGUGGAGAGAGCCUGAGCCCUUUCCCCAACGGCAACAACCCGGCCAAGCUGCCUUUGCGGCUGCAAGCGGGUGUGUUUGGGAGCUGAGCGCGCGCGCUCUCGACCCCUACACGCACGGGAGACGGGCAGCCUGUGCUGAGCCACCGACCGAAACGCAUGCGCAGGGACGCUUUUCGACCCAGCGCAUCGCGGAGGGAAACGCUCGUUAUCAAGCGGCGAGCCGACCCCGGCAGGGAGCUGAGGCUGCUCCGCCUCGGGAAAGAUACCGCGGCGGAGUACGCUGUUUUCGCUGCCAACAACGAGGGCACAUUGCAAGGGAUUGCACCGCGCCCCGGUCUCCUGUGAGGUCGGGAAACGGGAUAGCAGGUCGCUCGUGAAGGCACGAGUGACCGAACCUUUGCUUGUUCCCUCGGCGUACCGAGCAGGUUGUGUUGCUGGUGCGCACGCGCCGUUUAUUCCGGUGACCAUUGCCGGCCGCGAAUUUUCGGCGCUGCUGGACACGGGCGCAAGCGCUUCGUUGUUCGGCGAACAGGUUUUGUCCCACUUGCAAAAGCACGCAGUGCGCUUGCGGGACUGCCGAACGACAUUCAAUCUUGCGAAAGGCGUGGCCCAUUCGGCUGGCGCCGCAAGGCUGACUGUCAGGUGGGGAGAGCGAAUGAGACGCACGCGUUUCGUUCAUCUCCCAGGGCUCAGUGUUCCUGUGAUUCUCGGCCGGGACUUUCUCCUUAAAACUGGGAUCGUUGUGGACAUUGCGAAUGGCGGCUAUCGCGACGGUCAGUUCACGUCGCUAAAGCCGUUCAUCAGCCCGCCGGCGUCCGAUCUUGCCUGUGCAGAUGGGGCGUCGGAAUCGUGUCGCGCGCCGAGUUCGGGGGCAAGCCCCCGAGCUUCGCGCUCGCCCGCUCAUGGUCCCCUUUGGGAUCGAGAGGCACGGCACGAACCGUGUCGCGCGCAGAA